AUGGCCUCCUUCCUCAUUACCGGCGCUUCAAGAGGUCUUGGACUCGCCUUCGUCAAGGAACUCGCCUCUCGCAAGUCCUCCGAAGUCAGCAACAUCUUUGCUGGCGCUCGCAGCAACGUCCCUGCCCUGCAGGAGCUUUCCAAGACCGACCCCCGUGUCCAAUUUGUCAAGCUCGAUGUCACCAACCCGGAAUCCGUCAAGGAAGCGGCUGCCCAAGUCGAGAAGAAGCUGGAGGGCAAGGGACUCGAUGUGUUGAUCAACAACGCAGCCGUCUGCCACUACGACAUGCAGAAAAUGAGCAACCCGACGCUGGAGAAGGAUAUCAUGAGGGAGAUGACCGGCCUGGAGGAAGAAUUCCAAGUCAACGUCUUGGGCGUCCAGUACACCACUCGCGAGUUCCUUCCUCUGGUGGAGAAGUCCGAGCUGAAGAAGGUUGUCAACAUUACCAGCACCUUCGGCUCCAUCUCCUCCGCUUCCGACCCGGCUAUUGCGUGGUCGCCUUGCCCAGCCUACAAGAUCACAAAGGCGGCUUUGAACGCUCUGACUGUCCAAUAUGCGCUGGAGUAUCAGAACAAGGGCUUUUCCUUCAUUGCUCUCUGCCCUGGGUGGCUAAAGACGGAUAUCGGCAGCCAGAUGGCUGAUCUGACAACCGAGGAGGGUGCCAAAGCCUCGUUGGACAUUAUCCUGACACCUGGACAGGUGUACAACGGGAAGUUCCCCAUGAUCAAGGUCAAGGGCUGGGAGACCCAGGAGGAGGCUGCGUCCCAUGGCGGAUAUGCUGGAAAAAACGUGUAUGAUGGCCGCAACAUUCCCUGGUAA